AUGUCAUCUCCUAACGUGAAUCCAGGAAGUGAUUCUCAUGCUCCAUCAUUAUCAUCUUCUGCUCCUGCAAAUACUUCUUCUCCAUCAUUAUCAUCUUCUGCUCCUGCAAAUGCUUCUUCUCCUUCUCCAGCUACUCCCUCCAGUGAUAAUACAGAUAAUGCAAGUAGAGAAAAUGUGGAGACUACAAAUCCUAUUCAGGAGAAGAGAAGAAGGAAAAAGACUUCUGAGGUAUGGGAUAAUUUUGUUGAAGUUACUCGUGCUAAUAAUGUUAAAAGAUGGAGAUGCAAUCAUUGCAAGCACGACUUUGCACAAAAUUCAACUGGAACAACAUCUCACUUGAAAACUCAUUUAAAUAAUUGCAUUACAAAAAAGUUGCAUGAUCAAAGGCAACAAACACUUAACUUUCAACGAGAUGGUUCUACUAUAGAGCGCCCAAUCAUGUUACCACCUGGAGGAAAAUAUAACCAUCUGAAAGUUAGGGAAGCAUUAGCUCAUUGGGUCAUGAUGCAUGGGCAUCCAUUUACUGUAGCAGAGGAGGAGGGUUUUCUAUUUCUAAUGAAAACUGUGAAUCUUGAAUUUAUUAAAAUUGGGCGUAAAACUUUGAAGGAAGAUUGCAUGACAAUUUUUGAAAGUGAAAAGAAUAAGAUGAAGGGAUUCCUUAAAAACAUGGACAGGGAUUGGAACCUACAAAAAUCAGUUCUUAGUUUUGUUCAUGUGCCUCCUCCUCGGCAUGGUAUUGACAUUGCAGAUGCCAUGCAUAAGUGCUUCAAAGAUUGGGGAAUAGAAAAUAAAGUUUUUACUAUAUCUGUGGACAAUGCAUCCUAUAAUGAUGUUUGUUUAAGAACUUUGAAGACUAGUCUAUCUAGACAUAAGAAAUUGGUUUGUGAUGGAAAAUUAUUUCAAGUGAGAUGUUGUGCACAUAUUCUCAAUCUUCUUGUCCAAGACGGGAUAAGUGUAAUUGCAUUAACUAUUGAGAAUGUGCGGGAAAGCAUCAAGUUCAUCAAUCACAGUGAAGCGAGGCUCAAAAUAUUUUCUGCUAUUGUGCAACAGCUGCAGUUAAGAGAAAAGAAGUUGAUUCUUGAUGUGCCAACUCGUUGGAAUUCGACAUACUUGAUGUUGAUCACUGCCCUAAAGUUCAAAGAUGCAUUUCCAAUGUACAAAGAAAGGGAGUCCAAUUAUGAUUGCAUGCCAGAACCUGAGGAAUGGGAUAAAGUGGAGAAAAUUUGCAAGUUAUUAGCCGUCUUUCAUGCGGUAACGAAUCUAAUCUCUGGUAGUGACUAUCCUACUUCUAAUUUAUAUCUCAUUGAAGUCUAUAGGAUUAAAGAAGUUAUCGAUAAGUCACUACUAGAUAAUGAUUUCUCUAUUCGGCAAAUGGCUAAAAAAAUGCAUGAUAAAUUUGAAAAAUAUUGGGGAGAAUGCAAUUUGUUAAUGGCAAUAGCUUCUGUUAUGGAUCCUAGACUAAAAAUUGGUGCGAAAGUUCGGGAUGCCUUGCAAGAGCUAUUUGAUGAGUAUGUUGCUUUACAUGAUUCAAACAAUGAGGAAAAUAGCUCUCUGGAAGGUUCUAUGGGUGCUUCGAGUGAUACAAGCUCGUCAUUGUCAUCUUUAAGUUCCAACUGGAGUGAUAUCUUGAAAAAGGUGAGAACGAAAGAUAGUAUGCCCGCAUCCAAAUCAGAGUUAGAAACAUACUUGGAUGAACAUGUAUAUAUAUGUGGUGAAGCUGAAAAUUACCAUUUUAGUGCUUUGAAUUGGUGGAAAACGAAUCAAUUGAAGUAUCGUGUCUUGUCGAGAAUGGCGGCCGAUAUUCUUGCUGUUCCUAUUUCUACGGUGGCAUCAGAGUCUACGUUUAGUACUGGCAGGAGGGUAAUUGAUACGUAUCGAGCAUCUUUAGAUCCAAAAACAGUUGAAGCAUUGAUAUGUGGAGGGGAUUGGAUGCGAAAAGUCCAUGGUAUAAAGAAAAAGAAGGUUGAAGAUGAAGUAAGAGAAAUGGAGAUUACCUUACCAGAAAGUAUGAUUGCAGGUAUGAUUGCAGUCUUGUAUGAUUAUCCUAGCAAUUAA